AUGUCUCGAAUAAUCAACCGGCUCCCUCCCCUACCUCCUCCUCGAACGUGGUAUACCCACUUCCCAUCGAAAUACCUACCCGCUUCUCCCGAUAGGAACAUGAUCCGUAAAUCGACUGGAAGGAAGCUUUUGGCGAAUCCAAAGAUGUGUGAUGAUUUUGUCAAAUCGCUAAAUCUACGUGAAGGAGAGGUGGUGAUUGAUGCCUACUCCGGUGUGGGAAGUUUGACUAGAAGUUUGUUGACUGGUGGUAAUUACCUGGAGGAAUCGAAGAGCUGGACAUCUGCUUUAGUUGAAGAAGUAUUGACGGAAGACAAAGAUCAAGGUGAAGUGAAGAAGUCGGCAGGGAAGAGUAAAAUGAAAAAGCAGAAGUAUCCUUCCUGGUUAGAAGAUUUACCUCCAUCAUUGUCCACUUCUAUCACUAAAGUGGACAACGAACCUAUCAAACCCAAAUUAGUUGUAUCUUCCGAAGGGUCAUUGGAAUUACUCGUGCGAUCAUUCAACUAUCCACCCAAAUCAUCUAAUCCACUAAGUACGAUAGGUAGAGAAAUAUCUCAAGAUCCAUAUACACGUCCUGUACCAGUCAUCACCACACCUUUACAUCCCAAUUUACUAUUAUCACAUUCGACAGCCUACGUUUGGCCAACAUUACCUAAAAUAUUAGAAAACCCUUUGGUCCAAGCUUCUUUACCUGUACAUAAUCCCGAAUUACCACCUGGGGAUAUAGAAGCGUAUAAAAGGAAAUGGGAAGAUCCCGAACCUCCCAUAACGAUCGUUUGUCAGAUGCCCGAUUCGAGUAUAGGCGAACAACUUGCGUCUCAGUGGGUGGGGAGCGCUGUAGGCGAUCCUGGUCAGAAAAGGACUUGGAUCUGGGAAUGGGGAAGGAUAAGGUUGGCUUUGUUAUGUGGGAAGAGUCUGUAUGAUCGUAUCCUCGCCCCACCAGGCUCUGUGAUCCACUGUAAACUCUCUAUCCUCGCCCAAGCAUUAUUUGAUAUAGUCCCAUUACCACCAUAUCACCACGUCCUCAACGUCGACAAACAAUCUAAAUUCUCACACGAUCGACCAUUCAAACCCUUAUCUGAAGUCCCUCCAUCCACCGUUCCACCUAAUGGUAUACCCGUAAAUCCACCUUCAUCGAUCGAUUCGUUCAUCCGUCCAGAACAUGGUCAGCGGACAUUGACAUAUCCAUUAGACUUCUAUCCUCCUGUGACUGCCGCUCAGAGGUUAAUUGGUAAACCCCUAGAUCGACCGGAUUUAUUAGGGUUGAUGUUAAUUCCAAAACUUCAUUCACCAAUCUUAUCAAGUCAGAAAGACACUUGGGACUACUGUAUGAGACGGUUAUUCGUUAGGGAUACAUUAACACUAACUCAGGCUAUACCAAAUUUAUCUUUUGGUGCUGAAACGCUCUUGGCGCAUAUUGAAGAUCAGUCGACGGAUAGAUAUAGGGGUGUACCGGUUGAUGGAAGAAGGGUGAUAAGGGAUUUGAGAGUCGAAGAAUGGUUGAGGAUCGUGGAUGUCUUUGAUAAUUGGGCGUUCAAACCUGAUAACCUUAUCCUUGAUUCGGGUAGUCCCGACGAAACGAGUAGAGAAGUAGGACAAGACUGA